AGUCGGAAAACCCCAAAAUGAUACUUUCAGUUUGAGAUAGGAGAGUGAUGGACUUCGUGAGCGAGAAACUGUCUAUUUUAUCGUUUAUCAGCGCUAUCAGAACGAUGCAACCCUGUCUAUGAUUGCCAGAUGCAUGACCACAUAGCUCAGGAUUCUUGUCAUUCAGUGAAAGGAAGAGUGAUGGUAACAUAAGUACCCAUGAUAGCUGUCAAGGAAUGUGAUUUAUGUGAAAAGAUAUAUCAGUAAUAAUACAAUGGAUGUUUUUGACAAGGACGAUAUUGAUGAAGAUGAAGAUGAUGAUGAUGAUGAUGAACGACCCAGACAAGGUUACAGUACCUCAGGACAGUCUACCAGUUUAGCAAACUUUCUAACGAACUCUAGACAGCCACUGACAAACAUCACCCCAUCUCAAAGGAGGUCAAGGGGUAUCUUUGUAAGUAUUUCAUUGAAUUCUUUAACACCAGGAACUGUACUGUCUAGUAAACAGUUCAGCAGACCAAUGGGUAGUCGUAGCGCAAUACUUGAGGAUGAAGAGGACUUAGCCCCUCCAACUCCGCUACCUCCUCAGCAGAAAGAUAAAAAGACAGAGGAGAUCAAAAUGAAAAUAGAAAAGCUACAGGCAGAACUUGAUGAGAUAAAUAAAGAAAAAGGCGAACUUUUGUCUGCCGUCUCGGGCAAUGAAUAUCGUAAAGAUGAGAACGAUGAAUCUGGCAAUAAUUCAGUUCAAGGAAAGUCGUCAGAAAAGGGAGAAAACUAUGAGGACACGGUCAUAGAGAAUGAAGUUCAUGCCCCGCUCAAAUGUAAUAACUCUGAGAUACCUAUCUCUAAACUCCUAAAGAAGGACUCGUACAGUAGUAAAACCGAAUUCAAUCAGGAAGAUUUCCUCAAGCAUUUGUGGUCUAGUCCUUCAUCUGAUGCUAAAAGACAGAAAGAAGAUGGUGGAGGUUGGCGUCUUCCACAGAAUGUGAAAGAAAGUGGGCCAGAAAUAUCAAACACGAUUCAUCAUAGACCAAAACAUAUGCCUGAUGCAAUAGUAAACAAUUUUAGUAGUGAUGAACGAUUCAGAGAAAAGAGUGUGGAUUCUGACAGUGAAAUUAUGGAUGAUGGUGUCUUUGAAAAUAAGUUUCCUGAAGUGGACGCAACGCACAAAGUCGUAGAAGUUACACUGCCUGCUAACCCCAACAUUCCUCACACACGGAGCAGAAAGACCCCUGGAUACUUGUACAAUAAUCACAACAGUUUAGAUUCUAGUGACACAAUCCAGACUGACAUCAAAGCUAACUCCACAAACCAACAUGAUAGUGUUCCUAGGAAGAAUCUAUCUGCCAGUGAAACAAUACAGGAAAAUGACAGUCCGUCAGUCCUACCGGAAAAUAACAGUCCGUCAGUCCUACCGGAAAAUAAAAGUCUGUCAGCCCUGCCGGAAAAUAACAGUCCAUCAGUACAAUCGGAUGAUUCUUCCAUUCGUCAGGAUCUUCCACCCUUGAAAUAUCCAGAACAUUCCCCCAACCCGGAAUUGAAUCAUAUCACCCAGCUACCCCCGAAGAGGAAGUCCCAGGAUUUACCAUCUGAGGGUAGCCCUAACAAUGUGACGGAGAAUGACGAGGACGAAAACACUGGAUAUCAAGACUAUAAUGACAGCAAUAAGACAACUUACAGUAAUGUCACAGCGAGUAGUUCCCAUCACCCUGUAUCCCGCUAUGCAGGUUACAUGUCGUCGCUACAGUCUUUGGCAGAUCACCAUGAUUACAUCAUCAAAGAUGUCACUCCCGACGGGAACUGUAUGUUCAGUGCCAUUAUUGAUCAGCUCCGUAUCCAAGGCAACUUUGACCUCACUCCGAACUCGCUCAGAAAAACGGCUGUACAUUACUUAAAGGAUAAUCCAAAAAACCAAGAUGGAACUCAUUUGGAAUCGUUUUUGUCCACGGAAACCUGGGAGGAGUAUCUGAAACGCAUGGGACAAGAAUCACAGUGGGGUGAUCACAUGGUGCUACAAGCCUGUACAGAGGUGACUAGUCAGCGUAUUGUUGUAUUCAAACCCAACACCAACAAAACUGUCCUGGUGCCAACAGUCGAGGAAGUAUCCGAAGAAAAUACAGUCACUCUCGGCCACAUCGGGGAGUCACAUUUUGUCAGUCUCCGUCCGAAAGAUUGGGAAGCUAAUUGGCCUCUCAUGGCACAGGCACACAGAGUCAAAAAGAAGGAGAAACAAAAAUUGGCAAGAAAGAAAAACCUCAAAAGAAAGAAAUCUGCUGAACUGAAAAAGAUUUCAACACCAGAGCCUUCCGACGGAGGGGAAUCCCCAUCCGUUGAUGAGAAAGAAUCAACUGGCACUGAGGAAACUGAAGGAGCUACUACAGAGGUGCUAACUGAGAAGAAACACAUUGAGGAGGAAGAUGAUGAAGGCGAUGAAGAUGAAGAGGAUGACUCGCAGUUCAAGACUACUGAUGACAUUGAAGAGUUAGUGAGAGAUCGAUCUGCUAUCGACACGUUGAGUCUGAUCCCUAUGGUACACCUUUCUCAUAUCAUGAAGACGAUGAUAGAAUCCAAGCAUCUCCUGACGGUUCCCGCAGAGAACGCUGUUUACCAGUAUGAUACUGUAUUGCGAGAAGGGAAUGAUCCAAACUUCAGAAUGAUGCUUUUCGGAAGCAUAGUUGAAGAAAUGGCAACAACUGUUGUGGAUUUAAGACCUGAUCAGGAUCGAAGUAUAUUUCCUAAAAUACCAAAGACAAUCGGCUACACUUUGAAAGAUAGUCCUGUGUGUCUAGGGAGUAGUAACACUGAUUCUGUAGGCAAUGAAUUUGUUUACCAAAUUGAAGACCAGCACACUCGGCCUGGCUAUGUUCGUUUAAAACUUUGUCUUAGAGGAGGUGAUAGGGAAAUGGCAGAGUACCUGCUCUCAAAAGUGAAGUGUUCAAAAUAUCAACUACACAAUAUGUGUGUGUCAGAAAAUCGAUGGACCUUCUGUGGGAAAUGCUCUUCUAUAUGGCCUGACGAAGCCAAGGAAUGGUUCACACGAGAUAGACCAGCUAAAUGGCCAGACGAAGAUAUUCUAUCAACCUCCAAGGAAGACGACUGCUUCCUAAUUAGCCGACCACAUCCACAAAGUAGUUAUCCAGAAGGGGAAUGGCAAUGGGUGUUCCCGGAAACAGAGAAAAGAAUUGCACGCGAAGCUUUAUCAGAAGAACAAAAAUAUUGCUUCAGAGUUUUCAAAGUUUUAGUUGAUUUCCACACAAGGAAUUUGUCAGUGAAAUUGACAACGACACACUUAAAGACAGUAAUGUACACUUCGUGUGAAAUACUCGCCGCUGCUUUGUGGGGAGUAAAUCCCGGUGGCUGUCUAAUGUUUCUGCUUCAUCGACUUGUCACCUGUCUUCGCAUGGGUGUCCUGCCUAACUACUUCAUCCGCACUAAUAACAUGAUAGAGCAUUUCACCAAAGGACAAUUAUGUGCUCUUCGGCAGCGAUUGUAUGCCGUUAGAGUGUUUCCCGUACCAGCACUUGUGAUGCUGGUGGAUCACUACAGUCUAUUUGGAAUGUGUUUUCUCAACCGAACGCUGGAAGACAUCGUUAAAUUUAGAAAACAUCAAAAUCUAUAUCAGUCAUUUGUAGAGUGCUUCCUCAGAAACUAUUCCAUGUAUUAUCGUGUUCAAAUCCUUAACAAGAUCUUUAAAAAUGCUAAGCUGACACUGGAAGAGGCUUUCUUUACGAAAACGGAGAGACUGGCAACUUGCCAAGGUGAGGAACACAACUUUGAACAGUUCGUUCUUGAUAUCACUGGAGAUGAAUUCGGCGAUCUGAAAGGAUUGGUGUUGUAUGAAAUAGACACGGCUUGUGAGAGUGAUUUCACACGUUCACUACACAGCUCGACAGAUUUCGUUCAUUUAAAAGAUGUAUUGGAUCUUACAGAUUGUCUGAAUUACUCUGAAGUUCCGGUACCGAGAAAUUCCGUCGAUUCUCAACAAAAGGAAGUUAUGUUCCUGGAAACUCUAACUUCGCACUUUACUCAACAGCGUCGGUACCAAGAAGCGGCCCACUUUGUGCGAUGUACUAUAAAGAAGACAUUGCAAGCCAUUCAGUACAGCAAUAACAAAGCAUCAGAUCAGAACGCAACUGACGUGCAAAAUGAACGUCUUCACCAGACUCAAAUAACUCUGUAUAACUGUGCACUGUUACGACUGUAUUAUGAUCUCUAUGGCAUAUACAAGUCAAUGGGACAAGCCGAGCUGAUGCAAGAAUAUAUUGAGGACUACGAAGCGGCGUGCCUUGCAUCUGACUACACAUUCCAUUACACCAGAGUGGCCAAUAUCUGGCAGAAACUUGGUGACCGUGCUAGAGCACAGGACUUAAGGGACCAGGCCGAAUCUAUCAAAUCAACACAGAAGCACUAUUCAAACGUGACGCGAUAUGACAGUAUUGAUGACGUAGACUUUGCGACGAAGAAUUCAGCGAUGUACCAAUGCCACACCUCAGCUUCACCAUACGUUAUCUUCUGCGAUCGAAUUACAUCGCCAGUAAUACUAACUACCAAAAUGUUUAAAGUGAGCACUGCCGAAGCAACAGCGUUGUGUAUCGGAAGCGGAGCUGACUCUCUCAGUGGAGUCCUGAUUGACUUCAACGAUAAAACAAAGACUGCAGGAAAGUUCCAUAUACCCAUGGUAGUAGGAAUCAAUUAUGAGUCGCUGGUUUAUGACGAGUCAGAUCAGGAUGAGUAUUCACUUGACUUUCAAUUGGACACGCAAGAGUGUCAUCCCGGCUACACAAGGUUGAUAACAAACAAUCUGGAAUUCUGGAAGGAGGGUGUAUUCCAAUGCCCUGUCAAUGGUGUUUCAUGGUUGAAACAUAUUCCUCUGAACCUCACUUCCUCAGAAAAGCAGACUCGUUUUGGGUUUAAGUGCGACGGACUCCCUAAUGCCGCCUUGGAAUGGGUGACACGUGACAGAACUACUUCCUGGCCAUCUCCUUCAUCAAUUGAGACAGUUGUCCAGCACGGCUGCCUCGUAGUGACCACGCCACAUGCCAAUAGCUCACGCAAGGACAUUGAAUGGCAGUUUGUAUUUAACUAUGCUGAAGAAUUGCUCAUCAAAAGCCUUUCCCGAGCCCAGAAGUAUUGUUUCCGAGUUUUUAAAAUCUUGGUUGAUGAGUGUUCCAAGAACCUGACCACAAAGUUGAAAACAGUCCACUUGAAAUCAAUCAUGUUUUAUGCAUGUGAGGAGAUUAGUGGUUCGAACUGGGGAGAGAAUUGCGGUGGAUGUGUUAUGUACUUGCUCAGCAAACUAGAAUCGCAUGUCUCCGAAAAAUGUCUUCCGAACUAUUUUAUCAGCAGCAACAACAUGAUCGACCACUACUCCGACGAGGCCCUAGGCUCUAUAGCUAAAAUCGUAUGUAGUAUUAGAUUGUUUCCCAUACCGACCUUGGUAUUUCUAGCAGAGUCACAUGGUAUCAAGCAAACACAUAUGCUUCACCCCGUGAUAGAGGAUAUUGCUAAAUUCAAGCGUGACAAUGACAUGGAUAGAACAAUCAAAGAAGCGUUUGUGCCGAGUGUCAUUAUAUUAGCUAAAUCGUAUCUAAGAUCUAAUGCUGAAAUGGUCGGAAAGAUGUUUCAGAUGGCAUUCGAAGAAUGCAAGAACUCGAGGAAAGAUAGUUUGUCUCCUAUGGAUACGUCUUCUUUUAAGGAAUUUAUUGUAGGAGUGUUAAACAAGGAAGAUGUCGUGGAAAGGCUUGCUCUGGCGAAAGUGCUAGAUGAACAAUUCAACAUGAACAUAAAAGCCUCCAUACAGCGAGACUCUGGCGUUGCUGUUGUCAGAGAUAUCGUUGGCCCGAAUUAUAACGGACCGGUGGCAGAUACACCGAUCAACAAGGGAAUUUUGCAUUGCACUCUGGCUCAGAUGAAGGUUUUAGAUGAUCUUGCAUUUAAAUUUUUCUUCACGGGACAAUUCUCUGAGGCUGCUGUUCUUCUGGAGAGUGGUAUAGCAAAGGCUGACACCGCCAGAACUGAAAUAAUAGAUGUUGGCGAUAUCGAGGAUCCUGACGUUAAAGUCAGCAUCCUAAGACAGAACGCCACUAAAGCUAGGGAAGUCAAUGAACAGUACCACGUCAUGUGCGAUCAUCUGAUGCAAUGCCGUGUUUCACCAGUUAUAUUUGGACAAUGAUAAGGACUUUCUCCCAUACUUCACAGGGUUAUCCGGCGGUUGCUAGGGGAAAGAUAAAUCGAUCUUACACAGGGUGGGUAAAGA